GGCGUGUCCUUACCGUAUGUGAGGAAGUACAGUACUGACAUUUACUGCACUUUACACAGUCAGGUUGGAUUAUAUGUAUAGUGUUCAAACUAAAUUUAUCACCCGACUCUAACUUUACUCACGCUUAAUAUCGGCGGUCAUUAUGGCGGUGUUUGACAACUGUAACGUGCUGUUAGAUGUGAAGACUUUGCCUUUUAAAGAGAAGAAGAAGCUGAGGUCAGCUCUUCUGGAUAAUGGAGGAAACAUCACUUAUGUGGUCAACAAACAGUGCUCUUUUGUGGUGACCAGCAGUGUGGAUGAUCUGAGCAGUAACAGACAGAAGAGCAUUCACAAGCUUCAGAUCCCUGUGGUUGGGAUGCAGUAUGUAUGGAGUUGUCUGGAUAAAGGUCAUCUCCUGCCUUUUGCAGAGCAUGUUUUGACCCCACAGUUGACAGACCCCAGUUCUCAACACAGCUCCCUACGUAAUCCAGAGUUAAAAGUGUUGACUCAGAUACCAGUAAAAGGGAGCGUCAUGGGUCAAACUCGGACUGAGAUUCUGGAGAAGGGUGGACCCCAUCUCGUGAAGUUUAGAAUUUACAAAGGUGAUCAGGAUCUGCCUGAAUUUCCUUCACAUUUUCAAGUUGCCAAGUAUUCUUUGUUUAAGAAGAAUAACUGGAAGACUGUAUCAGUUUUGGAGCUACAUAGUGCCAAAGGAAGAGCUGGCCAACAGUAUCGCGUCUUGUGUUCAAUCAUGCAUGAAUCAGAGAAGAAAGUGGUAUGGGACAAGCUUGUGUACUGCAGCACCUCUGAAGAUGCUCUGGAAGCGUAUGUGAUGCUGAUGAAAGAAGAGAAAGAUAAAGGAUUCACACAGAUUUUUACACUUCCACCUGAUGCUAAGCGCUUGGCAUCCGACAGCUUAAAACAGCUUCUUUUGGAGGAGAAGCUGAACUGCAGCACACUAUCACAGGAAGUGGGCCUCUUCGUGGAGCUGGUUUGGACCGAAGCUCUUGGUUCCCUUAGUAAAAUCCUCACGGUCCCUGUUUCCAGCAUCAGCCUUAAUGAUGUGAGCAGGGUGGAGGGAUUGCUGCUGCAGGCACAAAAGACUCAAGAUGAGGAGAAAGUCAAGACCCUGCUAGAGGAGGUCAACACUCUUCUACCCCUUCAAAUAGCCGACCCUCCUUCCAAACACAAGCUUGUGUCUCAGAAACUAGACCUUUGUCAGCUGAUCCGAGAUAUUCUAAAUGUGAGUGAGGCCACUAUGAGAAGCCCCUUGCCCUCCUCUUUGGGAAAGUAUCGUGCCCUGAGGUGCAGCAUUGAUGUGGUCCCAUCAGAAAACCCUGAGUUUAAUGUUAUCUCUCAAAUGCUUCAAGACAAGCCUAUUCAGAUUAGGCAGAUUUUACGUGUAAGCAGGGGGGUGGAGCUUCAGAUGUUUAGGGAGGAGCUUGGCAACAUUAAGCCCCUCCUCCACUCGACUGGCACCAACAGUUUUGUUGGAAUACUUUCACGAGGUUUGCUGCUGCCCAGGGUUGGAGUGGAACAACACGGAAUUGAGAGGACAGAUAUCGGGAAUCUUGGAGGAGGCAUCUACUUCAGUGAUUCUCUGACGACUAGUGUAAAAUACUCCAAGCCCAGCGUAGCCGAUGGCUCUCGACUGCUGUUGGUGUGUGACGUGGCUCUGGGCCAGUGCAAGAACCUGCUGAAAAGAGACACCACUUUAACCUGCGCCCCCGAGGGCUAUCACAGUGUACAUGGAGUCCGCCGAACUCCAAAAACUACCUCAGAGUUUCAGGAUGAUGAGUAUGUUGUAUAUAACACAGAUCAGAUCAAACUCAAGUAUGUAGUGCAGUACACUUUAGAGGAGGACCAGCUGACAGAGUUUCAUCCUCAAAUCAACACUUCUGAGGAGCUCACACAGCCCACCGAAAGAAUCUUGCCCAUUGAUGACAGUGAAGGUCUGGAGUGCACUAAGAAUCCUCUAGAGGAGAUGACCGCAGGUCUCCUGGACAGCAGUGGCAAGACACUUCCUCUGAAGGCUGUCCAUGUGAGGUGCAAAUUAAUGGACUUACUUUGUCAGGUCAUCAUUUUUCAGACUUACACAAACCAGAGUGAAGUUCCCAUUGAAGCAAAAUACGUCUUUCCACUGGAGGAAACAGCAGCGGUGUGUGGAUUUGAGGCCUUUAUCAAUGGAAAGCAUGUCAUUGGAAAGGUAAAGGAAAAAGAACAGGCUCGUAAAGAAUACAGACAAGCAAUAGAGAGGGGCCAUGGAGCGUAUCUAAUGGACCAGGAUGCACCUGAUGUAUUUACUAUCAGCGUUGGGAACCUUCCUCCAGGAGCCACAGUUUUGAUCAAGGUGACCUUCAUCACUGAGCUGGUUGUGAGAGGAGGCUCCAUCAUCUUCUCUCUGCCCGGCAGUGUAGCACCGUGGCAGCAGAGCGCCGCUCUCAAUCAGAAAACUCAGGGAACUGUUGAGAAGAUCUCUGUGACAGAGCUUCAGUCAGAGGGGGAGUUCUCUCUGUGUAUGUCCAUUGAAAUGCCUUAUGAGAUCAUCAACUUAGAGUCUUCACACCUCAUCAAAAUCAAGAGGACAGACUGUAAGGCUGUGAUCAGUACUUUGCCAGGACAAACUCUUGGAUCUGAUGGGCUCCAGGUGACCUUCAGUCUUUCUAAGAUCCACAUGCCCAGAAUGUGGGUGGAGAAACAUCCAGACAAAGAGAGUCAGGCCUGCAUGUUGGUGUUUUAUCCAGACUUUAAGUCCAACUCUGAAGGUCCAUCCAGUGUGAGUGAUGUCAUCAUCCUGUUGGACACCUCAGAGUCAAUGCGGGGAGACGCCAUACUAAACGCUCGCAGGAUUGCUCUUCAAGUCCUUAAAUCUUUAGACCGCUCACUAAAGAUCAACAUCAUCUCUUUUGGCACUGAUUACAAGGAAGCGUUUCCUGCACCAGUGCUCUUAGAUGAAACCUUUGAAUCAGCCAGAAAAUUCAUUAUGUCGUGUAAUGAAACGGGUGGCAGCACUGAGUUGUGGAGGCCUCUCCGUAGCCUGAGCCUGAUACCUCCAUCACAUGGCAUGAGAAACAUCCUGCUGAUCUCUGAUGGACACGUACAGAACCAGGCGCUGACUCUUCAGCUGGUCCGAGAAAACUCCUGCCACACGCGAGUCUUCACCUGCGGCCUCAGCCUGACAGCUAAUCGUCAUAUGCUCAGAGCUUUGGCUCAAGCAGGCGGUGGGACGUAUGAAUUUUUUGACACAAAGAUGAAACACACAUGGACAGAGAAGGUGCGUGCUCAGGUUCAGCGGUUGGAGUCUCCCGGCUGCAGAUCAGUGGCAGUGAAAUGGCAGCAAUUUAAUCCCACAGCGCCCCCUCCUGUUCAGGCCCCCUCACAGCUUCACGCUCUCUUCAGUGACUGUCAUACACUCGUGUACGGCUUUGUGCCACACUGUACUCAGGCCAUGCUGUUUGGUGAUCUGAGUGGACAGGAGAUAAAAACAAUGGUGUCAACCACAGAACUUCAAAAGACAAACGGAACUUUCCUUCACAAGUUAACAGCCAGAGCGAUCAUCAGAGAUUAUGAAGAUGGCAUACUCGGAAACAGUGAGGCAGAACAUGAGGGAAAGAAAGCAGAGCUGAAGUCUUACAUCACUGAACUCAGUAAAGAGUUCUCCGUCUUGUCUCAGUUCACCAGCUUUGUGGCCAUUGAAGAGAGGGACCAGAAUCAGCUUGACACUGGAUUCACAGAUAUUCCUAAACUAAUCGCAGAAGAGGAUGUGGAUAUUCUGCCUUAUAUGGGCUGGACUGAGGAGGAGCAGACUAAAGAGGUAGAUUAUGAGGAGAGCAUCGUAGGCAUGUGCUUAAUGAGCUGUGAUUUUUAUGAGGAACCUUCCGUUGAUAAGACAUUUGAAGAUGAUGAAUCUGAGUGUUAUGAUGAUAUGUUAAGUUUAGAGUCAAGCGAUUAUAAAGGUUCUGCCCAGGAUAUUAGUUAUGCUUUUGAAACGGCAGUGCCUCUUUCUUCACGUCGCGGAGCAGAUGUUUCAUAUGAAAUCCACACACAAUCAAUGGAAUGCUAUGCAGACCGUGCAGAAGAUUUACGUGCUGACUCUUUUUUCUUUACGAAGAAAAAAUCACCUUCCCGUGCUGCCCGUGAAAGAGGUUUUCUCUCUCCACCUAUGGUCCCGCUUAACUCCUCUCUGCCUCCUCCUCCACCUCGUCCUCGUCCUCUGUGUGAUGCCCCUUCUGUUGAGUGUUGGGAAGGUGGAAGGACUGUGACGAACAGCAUGACUUUUGAUGCUUUACCUCAGGCUCGUGCCUCGGGGGCUUCUCUUUCAUCUUUUGCUGAGGGGGCUUCUCGUCCAGCUCCUUUCGCAGAGCCUUAUCCUCUAGCUUGUUUUGCUGCUCCUUCUCUAUAUGAGGAUUUUCCUGGGGCGGCUUCUUUUCGGCCUUUACCUCCGGCUCCUCUUGCUAAGUUUUCUCUUCCAGCUUUUUCUACUGGGGCUUCUCUUCCGCCUUCUUACGUUGGGGCUUCAGGUCCAGAUUUUUCUUUUGGAGCUUCUUCUCCUCCAGCUUCUCUUGCUAGGGCUUUUCCUCCAGUUCAUCUUGCUAAGGCUUCUCUUCCACCUCCUCAUUUUGUGGCUACACCUCCAGCUCCUUGUGUCGGAGCUUCUUUUUCUCUGUUUGCACAUUCUCCACAAUCUUCUUUUGUUGGGGCGUCUCCUCCGGUUGGUGCCUCCCUAAAAGAAAGGCCCCUUCCACCACCUCCUAUCAUGCGUUUUGCUGCUUCUCUUCCUCCUCCUCCUCCUCCUUCCUUUCAAUCAGUACCAUGUUACAAGAGCAAGAGAAUGUCAGCUGCUGUCUCUGAACAGCCAUGGGAUUUAUCAAGCCCUGAAAUCAGACCUUCAUCGGAGAGAUGCUUAAGAGAAAGCAUCAUCUCUUCUGCACCCGCUACAGGCAGAGCUAUGAAAUUAGUACUUAAAGAAGGAGUUAUGUUACUAAGACGCAGAUCACUUGAGGACACAGUGGCCUGGGAUGAGCUGUUUCAGCUUCAACAUGAGGAUGGAUACUGGGAAUGCACUGGGAGUCUCAGUAGCUUCCUCAAACUGGACGUAGACUUCUUUGCCAAUGUCUUCCUUAAGGAGAAAGGCAUUUGUUCACUGGGUGCAAAGGCUCAUGCAGAUAUUUUGAGAUUGGUGGCCACUCUGUUGGUACUGCAGCUGAUUCGAGUAAAGAAGUCAGCCGAGGGGAAGCUGCUUCAGUCUCUCUUCUCUCUGAAAGACUCUGAGGGUCCCAGGCCAAUGCACUGGGAGGCUGUGAAGAAAGCAGUGGACUGGGCUUGCUGGGCAGAUAAACAAUAUCCAUGUGUGUGCAGCAGACUGGAGUUCGGCUGGGAUUGGGAAUCAUCCACACGCCAGUUACUGGGCUGUGAUUCACCACUUCCAUACUCUCCACUUGUAUCUGUUCUGGACAGGCGUGUGGGUUUAUCUGUUAUUUAGUAACUGGACAGAACUUUUUAUUUACAUUUCUUGUUUCAAUUUUUGACCUCUAAACUCUGUAACCACGUCAAUAACAUGUCUACUGUACUGUAUAAUUCAGUAGAGCCUCAAACAAUAUAUUAAAGAAUAAUUUACUCAAACAAUGAAACUUAUGUUAUCUUGAACUUACUUUAAUGUUGUUUUAAUUGUUUAUGACUUUUUAAGUGUAACACAAAUGUUGUGAUUUAUUUUCUAUUCCAUACAAUAGAAAUGAAUGAUAACUGGGGUUUUUCAAAUGUGUAUGUACUAAUGUUUAACACGACUGAUGAACCUGGUGCAACACUUUGUGAGGCUUUAUGUAUUUGUAUUUGCACGAGCACAAAUAAAAAUGAUAAGAAUA